AUGCUCCCCCCCUCUUUCUUACUCUCUCACACACUCACUCACAUCUCUCUCUGUCAUGCAAGGAACAAAAUGCGCAGGUUAUUUAUGGAAGAACACCCUCUUGCUUUGUCGAGUGUUCGAUCGGGUGCAUGAAGCUGAUGGAUCGUCAUAUAGUGUAAGUUUGGUCCCUUGUCCCCUGGCCCGUGUGUGCAAGUGAAAGCUAGCUAGCUUUGCAGAGACUAGAGAGUGAGACCGUGAAAGCUUAAUUAGCUACAGAUUAGCCUGGUAGCUGGAGACAAUUGACCUAUACUAGUGCUGCUUAGUCUCUUGGGAGGGAGGUAGAGGUCGAUGACGAUGGAGAGUAGAACGACCAUGGCGGCCGGGAGGGAUAGGGUGGAUAGGGUGAGGCAGUACAACAGGUCCAAGGUGCCUCGCCUCAGGUGGACGCCUGAGCUCCACCGCCGCUUCGUCCAUGCCAUACACAGCCUCGGAGGCCACCACAGGGCUACGCCAAAGAGAGUUUUGCAGCUGAUGGGAGUGGGAGGGCUCACCAUAUCUCAUGUCAAGAGCCAUCUACAGAUGUACAGGAAUAUGAGGGGUAAUGAUCUUGACAUGAUGCAAGGCAUUCAGCGAAUGGAUCAGGAACACACAUUUUCAGGAGGCAUGGAAGUUUGGACAGAUAUGCAGCAAGUUCAUCAUCAUCAUGAGUACUGUGAUGGACCCUAUUGCAGUCGCCACUCUCCAAAGCAUACAGUACUGCUCCACCAUACACAACUGAAAAGGCCAUCUCAGUCUCAGAUGGGGAGCGUACAAGAAGCAGAGGCAUCGAGGCCCCAGAAGAGGUUGCUCCAAGGAAUAAGCGAGAGGGACGCCGCGCCCGGGGCCGGGGGCCGCCUGCUGCUCAGACAGUACAGCCUUGCCGCCGCAGCAGCGGGCUACUGCUUCCAGCGCGAACCAGCUGCGGCAGGCGGUGGUGGCGAACAAGCUGAUCCUCCCAGCUGCACGCUCGCUUGCCUCGUGGCGCCAACGCGUGCUAAUUGUGACGACCCCUGCGAGGAGCAGAUCAGCGGCUGCGAAGAACCAGUGCAACAAGAAGAAGGCGGCCGCGGUUAUGUUGCCGCGCCGGCGAGCUGCUACGGGGAGGAGCGGGGCGACGGCGAGCUGACGUUGUCGUUGUCGUUGGACCUGGACUCGGGGCGCCCCCUGAUGAGGAGGAGCAGUGAGCAGGGCAGCUGCUUCCUUAGGCCAAGUGUUAGGGGUGGCGGCGGCGGCUGCUGCUCGGGCCGGCGCCGGCGCGGCCGCGGCGGGUGUGUUUGCCUUGACCUGUCCUUGUCGUCCUUGUACAACUGAUCAUCGGCUGCAUGCGCAUGUCCCGGCUUCAUAGAGUGCGGUAGUCGAGGAAAUUGGCUCCACAUAUGGGGUCGAUCGAUCAAUCCUAGCUAUGCAUGCAUGCAUGUGGAAUCGCGUCGCGUGUGUGGUUGGACGUACGUUUGGGGAUGCAAAUUUUUGUCACGGGCGACUGGACUC